GUGAAUACAACCUCACGGUGUCGGUCUCGGAUAAGUACGAUAACGCCAGCCAGCUCAUUCCGUUGACCGUCUACAGCUACCUCAGCAACUUGUCCAUUAACGUGAGCAGCGAGGUCCUGUCGACGGGCAAGCUUGCGGAAUUCGAGGCCAGCUUGCUGCCCUCCCCCCGCGGGGUGACCUACAGCUGGAGCUUCGGGGACAAUUCCACCGAACUGGCCGGAGACCUUCGCCGAGUGACGCACACCUUCGCCAAGGCGGGCAGGUACAAGGUCACCGUGCAGGCUAGCAACGUGAUCAGCAUGAUCAGCACCUACCGCUGGUUGGAAGUGCUCGACGAGAUCUCCGGGCUGCACAUCUCCGACAACAGCCCCACCGAGCUCUCCGCGCCCACCAUCGUGCAGGCCUCGGUCAGGACCGGCAGCCGGCUGCUCUGGAUUUUCGACAUGGGGGACGGCAGCGCGCCCACCACGACCAGCUCCUCGGUCAUGAACCACACCUACUCCGAGGUGGGCAACUACACGGUGGCGGUGACCGCCCGCAAUGCGGUCAGCGCCGCCAACGCCACCCGGGUGGUCCGGGUCUUCGUGCUGCAGGUCUGCAGGGUCAAGCCGGCAGGUUGCGUCCGCCAGCUGCUCGACGUCAACUUCACCGCCUACACGCCGGGCGACUCGGCCGGCUACGUGUUCUUCUGGGACUUCGGGGACGGCUCGCCAAACCAGACGGUGCUGGGCGAGCCGAGCACCAGCCACAACUAUACGAGGAGCGGGGACUUCCCGCUCUACCUGGUGGUGUCCAGCAGCGUCAACCAGGUCAACUACUACUCCAACGUCUGCGUGCAGCCCGUCAUCAGCCACGUGACCGUCAGUCCUUCUAGAAGCUUCCUCGCCGCGCGCCAGGAAGCCACGUGGCGGGUCGACGUCAAGCCCGACGGCCAUUACACUUACCUGUGGGAUUUGGCCGCGGGGCUUGAUCCGCAGCUUCGUGGCAGGGAGGCGAACCUGAGCUUUACCGAGCCCGGUUUGCACUGGGUCAACGUGACCGUCUUCAACAACGUGUCCCGGGGUGACGCUAGUGCCUGGGUGCAGGUUCAGGAUGCACUCACCGUGCUCCAGAUCAUCGUGCGCGGCGCUCAGUCGCUGGCCGACCUGGUGGUGCGCCGGCCGUACACCUUCCUGGCGGUGAGCAACGGCACUCAGGUCCGCUACAGCUGGGAUUUCGGCGAUGGCACGAACGGCACCGGCGACAACGUCUCGCACUCGUACGCUGAUGCCGGCCUCUUCCGAGUCAGGCUGGCCGCCUCGAAUGCCGUCAGCCACGGCCUGAAGGAGGAGCAGGUCACGGUGAAAACGCCGCUGCAGCGGCUGCAGCUCGCCGCCAACGCCACAGUGGCUCCGGUGAACGCCUCCGUGGGCUUCGAGGCCACCCUCCAGGAGGGCGACUUCGUGCGGUACUCCUGGUCUUUCUGCCGCUGCUGCGAGGCCUCUGAAGGCUCGGCCAGCAUCUCGCACACUUUCACCGGCGCUGGCGUCUUUAACGUGACGGUACUAGCGGACAACGGAGUGAGCUCUGAGCAGGCCAGCAUGCAGAUCCAUGUGCUGGAAAAAAUCCGAGGGUUGGAAGUCAGCUUGGGUGACCUGGUUGAGGGCUGCUGCUUGGCCGUCAACCAAACCCUGUGGUUCCAAGCAGAAAGCAGGUUUGGCACCGAGGUCUCCUAUAACUGGACUGUUUUGCGGGCGGACUUAGUCAUACUGUCUGCUAACACCACCUCCUCUCAAAUAUACUUCUUGGAAGCGGGCUCCUAUGCGAUUGUCCUUCAGGCCAGCAACCUUCUGGGGAUCGUAACUGUGAACAGAUCAGUCACAGUCUUGGAGCCCGUUGAAAUUGUUUCGUUAUGGGCGUCUCCAGAACCAGUGGCAGUGAAUGCAUCCACCAACAUCACCCUCAUCAUGGGCAGUGGUACAGAGGUGACUUACUGUUGGGCACUGGACAGAAUUGCCACAGUUUCCACCCAUCUCCCUUUUAUCAGUUACAGUUUCCAAAGUCCAGGGGUGAAGCAAGUUAGCGUCACUGUAUCAAAUAAGCUUAGUUCUCAGAGUGCAACUCUGCUGAUCCAUGUCCAGGAGCCAGUGGCUGAUGUGACGAUUGCUGUAGGUUCUUCAGCCGACCAGCAGUACGCAGCCACUAACACAACAGUGUUCUUCCAAGGGAGCACAUCUGGUGGAACCAACGUCUCUUGGCUCUGGACUCUCCCAUUCACCCUAGAACAAGAGUUUGGCCAGCAAAUAAAUAAAUCAUUCCCUUUACCUGGUGUAUAUGACAUCAAUUUAAAUGCCUCGAAUGAUGUAAGCUGGGAAACAGCUUCAUUGAACUUCACAGUCCAAGACAAAAUACAAGGGCUUCAGCUCGAAGCCUCCAAGUGGGCAGUUGCGCCAGGCCAAGAUGUAAUUUUUACGGUUAAGUUGUCCUCUGGGACGGAUGCCAGGUUUUGGUUAUGUGUUGAUAAUUUUACGACACUGCUAAACAGCACAAACUACAAAUACCUUUUUUCACACCUUGGAACAUACAGAAUAACUUUGAAGGCAGAGAAUCAAGUGAGCUGCGAGCACACCAGCAUUGAGAUUCACGUGCAGGAACCUGUUGCAGAUUUAAGGCUGGUGAAUUGUGAUGAGCAAGCCAUCCCUACAGGUGUAAUGAAAAACUUUAGUGCUACAGUAUCUAGUGGCUUUCAGGUUAUGUACCAGUGGCAGUUUAUGUUGGGAGACUUUUCUGAUGUUAUCACUGGGCAAAAUGUUUCAUACACACCAAAGGUGCAAGGCCGAUUAAACAUCUUCCUAAAAGCAUUCAACAAUGUAUCUGUGGAGGGCAUUACAGCAGAGAUCCUGAUACAAAAUCAGAUUUUAAAGGCUAGGCUUACAGUGUUGCCAUCCAUCACUGCAGUCAAUGAAACAGUCCAUUUGAGUCUUGCUGUGACACCCAGUUUCAGCCAAGCAACUUUCAUGUGGAAGUUUGGAGAUGGGUCUCAAAUUAACUUUGCAAACACAUCAGUUAUGUCCCAUUCUUAUUUGCACCCUGGAGAUUACCUGGUAGAAGUUAAUGCAUCCAACCUGGUCAGCUUCUAUGUUGCACAGGCCACCGUGACUAUCCUGUUGUUAAAAUGUGAUCCACCCAACGUCAACAUGAUCCUCAGUGAGACCAUGCAACGAUCUCAGAGAAACUACUUGGAGGCAGAUAUUGACCUCAGAGGAUGUACGGAGUAUCAGGUGGAAUAUUUAUGGGAGAUCUACAAGACCUCAAGCUGCCUGAGUCUGCAAGAAGUGAAUGAAGUUAAACUUGCAAAUGUAGACUUGAAGAGACCUCGACUGCUCCUGCCCAACCUGGUGUUGGAUAUCGGAAGAUAUUGCAUUGUAUUUACUAUUUCAUUUAAGGGUACCUCGUAUGUAAAGAUCACACAUUCCAGUGUAACGGUCAUUCCCAGUGCACUUGUCCCAAUAAUAGAUGGAGGAACAUACAGAUCAUGGUCCACAAAGCAAGAUCUUGUGAUGGAUGGUACUAAGUCUUAUGAUCCUGACCAGCCAGCUGACAGUCAAACACCUCUGAACUAUGAGUGGUUGUGUACAUAUUCAUGUCUGGAACUUCCUGGCUGCUAUAUAUCUGGCAAGGGAAGUGUUUUCUCUAUUUCCAGGGAAGAACUGAAACGGAAUACAACCUACACAUGCUGUUUAAGAGUCAGUAAACCUAGCCGGGAACCCCAGUCAGUCAAACAACAU